UGCAGACAACCCUCAUACACAUCAGCUUUGCAGUGCCAUGACGGCGGUGGAAGGCUCACCCGAGGACGAUUUGGAAAGCGUGGAGGAUGACGGCCUGACGGGAGCCGAAGCGCGGAAGAAGCGAAAGCAGCGGCAUGAGGCACGCGAGGCAGCACGGCUGCAGCGCCUAGCACAGAAGGCUGCAGCUCGACGUUCAGGCCCUUCCCCCGAGGAGAUUCGCGCACAAAAGAUUGCGGAGAAGGCAGCUGCAAGAAGAAACAAGGCAAAAGCUGACAGGGAUGGCGAGUCCCCGAAAGAGGAGGAGCAAGAACAGGAAGGCCCCAAAGAGGAGGCCAAGGAAGAGGCCAAGGAAGAGGCCCAGGAAGAGGCCAAGGAAGAGGCCAAGGAAGAGGUGCAGGAAGAGGAGGCAGAGGCUGAAAACGAGGCUGAAGAAAUGGCAGUGAACAUUGCCGUCAAGAAGCCAGCCAAGAAGCAGAAGGCGAAGGAUGCCAAAAAUGGCGAGUCGACCAACCAGGAGGAGCCAAAGGAGGAGAAAGAAGCAAAAAAGGCCAAGGAUAAGAAGGCUGGAGAAGGAGAAGGGCGGACGACGUCCAGGGAAAAGGAUAGGGACCACCACAAGCGGCAUAAGCGUCGUCACUCCAGCCGCUCUCGCGAAAGAAGAGGAGGACACGGAAGAGGCAGAAGACAUGAUAGCAGAGAGAGAGCCCAGCACAAGGACAGGAGGGAAGCCCGAGACAGGGCCAGGUCUGCAAGACGGGCCAACAGACGGGCGGACAAUGCAAUUUCUCCAGAGAAGCCUCCAAAGAAGCGGCUUGCAGUGGGCACUCGAGUCCGAGUGGUCACGGAGAAUGAAGACAAGGAGGGCUUGUACUUCGAUGACGAUCGUGUCGGAACGAAAGGCAUGAUUGGGCAAAUUACGGAAGACGACCAGUCCGAGCAGCCGUUCCGUGUGAAGCUGAAGAGUGGCAAACUCUCCUGGUUUAAGGAGGUGUGGGUUGAGGAAUGUGGGUCCUCUUCUUCCUCUUCUAGCUCAUCGUCUUCCUCCUCUGAUUCUGACAACUCGAAAGCCGAGGCAGAUGGAGAGGCUGAGGAGGCCGCUUUUGCCUGGGAGAGGACUCCAAAGAAUCUGCCGGCGGCAGGUCUGGCCGCCUAUGCCAUGAACGGCACCGGCCACGUGUCACUUUUGGCAGCAGAGGUGGAGGCCUUCCUGAUGGCCGGCAACGUCGAUGGCGAGGCCGCGCAGCGCCUGCGAGUAAUGCCAGCGCAUCAGCAAAGGAUGGUGAUGGAUCGCGGACCAAUCGGUGGUACUCGCGCACCUUCUGCUGUGCUGAUAACGCGCAUUAGAGAUGCAGAGUUGGGUCGAGCAGGUCCAGGAAUCCUGGGCGCCAUCCCUGUCAAUGGAGGUUCGCCGUCAUCAAACCCGGAGAUUGAAAAGAUGAUCACCAAGUGGAACUUGGAUGCCAAAGCAGCUUUCAUGCUUCGCAGUCUCCCAAAUGACAAGCAUGAGCUUGUUUUGAAGAUCUCCAUCGAGAAGGCUCGCAACCCUUCUGCGUACGUCAUCACUCAGAUGAAUUCGCUAUUUGGUGGAAUGCAAGGCAUUCAGGAGCUGCAAAAGCAGAAUGCCAUGAACAAUGGCAAUAGAGAUGUAAUGCAGGCAAAUCCAUCAAGGAAGGAGCCCAACUUCUACCUGAAUGCUGUGACAAUUUGAUGUCAUUUGGCUGCCUGGUGGCCGGGUACGGAGGAAAAGGCGGUUUUUGCCCACGCUUUGAUAAUGAUACUUCCGGCGCGCUGUUUGUCGCACACGGCAUCCUUUAGAGCCGCAGAUGGUGU